UUAAACAUGGCUGCCGUACAUCGAGAGGCUAUCCAAAAGCAAAUUCAACAAGAUUGGGCAAACCGAGAAUAUAUUGAAGUUAUAACUGGUAGCAUCAAAAAGAUAACUGACUUUCUGAAUUCCUUCGAUAUGUCUUGCCGAUCAAGAAUAGCUGUUCUUAAUGAAAAACUUACAACACUGGAAAGAAGAAUCGAGUAUCUGGAAGCAUGUGUAACAAAAGGAGAAACUUUAACUUAAAUAAAUUAUUAGUAUAAUUUGUAACAUUUUAAAAUUUCUGUAUUUAU